AGAUGGCGUGUCGCCCAUGUGGACGCAGAGGCUCCCACACAACCACCCAAAAGGGCUGAUAGAAUAAAGGGAGAAAACAGUUCAUGGCCCCUUUAAAAAUAUUCCCUGAUCUAUUGCUGAUAGAAAGAGACAGGGUUGCCAUCUUUGAGCGCCGAAGAUUCGCACACACCACAACUACUGUCAUCACAUUACAGCUAGCGAACAUGCAGAUCCUGCGAUGGAUGUUGAAACUGCCGCGUGACCAUUUAGGGGUUGCAAGCACUCGUGGCAGAAGCAAUAGGGAGCCUGAAGAUGAACUGAAACCGAGGGAUUUGGUCAUAUAUGAUAGAGAUGGUGCACCCCAGAGCUGGAAAGAAGAAUUGGAAGAAAAAGAGGAUGAGGAGGAAAAUAAAAGAACAUUCACAAUUCUAACGAGGAGAGAGGACGGUAGGACAUGCCUUUAUAGCACGCUGCAGUUGAAGCAUCUCAGAAGCCUUUAUAAGAAUCAAAAUUUCUGGCAACCUGAGAACAGUGAGCUGAGGAUGGGCCACAAGGCAGAGUCCGCAAAUGUGGGAUUCAAAGUCCUACCAAUAUGUGAUGCUGUGUCGACUGGCUGUAAUGGUGGAGGGAGCAGCGAUGGCUCCGAGAAAGAUGCCCACAAGGGCCAGCAAAGGAAGGCAGUUUCUAGAAUGAAGGAGCUGCUUAGAUGGGCUGCUGCCGCCAAGUCCCAUAAAGGUGGAAGCAAGGGAUGGAAGGUCUUGUACUUCCGAAAGAGAGUGGAUCUUAAAGCCCAAGUGGAUGAUUCGAGUUCAAAUUCUAGUAAAGUCAGUUUCAGAUGGGAUGUCGGCGGCUGCUCGACUUCAUCAUCCGUGCAUUCUCCAAUAGCAUCAAUGUCUAGAAAUGAUCAAAUGUGGAUGAAGAAUUCUUCCAAUCCUUCAGCUAAGUUGCAGAGUUCAGAAUGUGAUGCGAAUAUGUUGGUUAGCUCGAAGUCUGAAGAAUACGUGAGGACUGGACAUUGGAUAACCACAGACUCCGACUUUGUGGUGCUGGAACUCUGAAUCGAAGGCAUGGAAGUUCGAUAGCUUCAACCACUCAUGCUUUCAGAUAUCGGUGUCUUGUGGGGGCCUAAUAGCUUUGCUUGCUCAACCGAAGGAUGUACAUAGCGCCCGCUUGAGAGCCAUGGGGGGCGGUUUGAGACGGCGAAGCUAAUUCCUCGUAAGAGAGGAAGAAAAAGAUUUCAGGGGUGAAGAGGAUACCGGCAACCCUGCCCUCCCGCCCCAUUCAGUUCAGCUCGAGCUUCUCAUUGAGUUGGGAGGGCUUGCGGGUUCUCUAUCUCGGAGGAAGCAGGCCAAGGAAAAGGAGAAAGCUGCUGUGUCUGUGUGAUGGCUUCUGUUGGUAUUUUGCUUUGUUUUUUUGGCUUUUAUCAUGUAUCUCAAAAUGCUCUUUGCGUCUCUCUUUUGUACCCUCGGGAGCUCCUGGAUUCUUCCUACUUCCUCUCUAUGUUGGUGGUUGAUCAUCUCUGUCUCUGUGCAUUGGCCACCCCCUGUAGCUAAUUGCCUUAAGUUGUUCCAUCUGAAUGGAACUGUGGCUAUUUAUUCUUAUAUCUU